GCAGCGCCGCCGGGACUCCUCGCCCGUCUCCGCUGCCUCCUGCGUUGCCAGAGUCCGGCCGCAGGAGGAGGUGUCGAGCGGCCCGUUUUUCCUUUGCAGUUUGCCUUUGUUGUUUUUUGUUUAAAAGCUGGUGGAACCUGGCACGGAGCCGCCUCUCCCUUCUCUCUCUCCUCCGAGUUUUUGAGUCCGAGAUGGACAAAGUGUGUGCCGUUUUCGGAGGCUCCCGCGGCAUUGGCAGGGCCGUGGCCCAGUUAAUGGCCCGGAAAGGCUACCGACUGGCGGUCAUUGCCAGAAACCUGGAAGGGGCCAAAGCCGCCGCCGGUAACCUCGGCGGAGAUCAUUUGGCAUUUAGCUGUGAUGUUGCUAAAGAACAUGAUGUUCAAAAUACAUUUGAAGAGAUGGAGAAAUACUUAGGGCGAGUAAAUUUCUUGGUAAAUGCGGCUGGUAUUAACAGGGAUAGUCUUUUAGUAAGAACAAAAACUGAAGAUAUGGUAUCUCAGCUUCAUACCAACCUCUUGGGUUCCAUGCUGACCUGUAAAGCUGCCGUGAGGACUAUGAUUCAACAACAGGGAGGGUCUAUAGUUAAUGUAGGAAGCAUUGUUGGCUUAAAAGGCAAUUCUGGCCAGUCUGUUUACAGUGCCAGUAAAGGAGGAUUAAUUGGAUUUUCACGUGCUCUUGCUAAAGAGGUAGCAAGAAAGAAAAUUAGAGUGAAUGUAGUUGCACCAGGAUUUGUACACACAGAUAUGACGAAACACUUGAAAGAAGAACAAUUAAAGAAAAAUAUUCCUCUUGGGAGGUUUGGAGAAACUCUUGAGGUGGCACAUGCGGUUGUAUUUCUUUUAGAAUCGCCAUAUAUUACAGGGCAUGUUCUGGUAGUGGAUGGGGGAUUACAACUCAUGUUGUAAUUUACAGAUUAUUCAAUUAUAGGGGUGGUUAGCAUCAAGGGCACACUUUGGCUACUGAUUAGAUAAUUAUACGUACAUGGAUAACAUUUGCUAAUCAAACCUGCUGAUGCUACAAAUGUUAAUUUCCAUCUUUAUAAAAAUGUCUGAAAAGAACAAUGUGACAAAUUAUGGGUUUUUUUUUUUUUGGUCUAAGUUACAGCAGUGUUGUUUUGUUUAAAAAGCCUUCGUGAUAUACAAUUCACAUACCAUAUAAAUCACACAUUUAAAAUAUAUAAUUCAGUGUUUUUUAACAUAAUUUAAAUAUAUGUGCAACCAUCCCCCCAGACAAAUUGUGUUUUCUGAAGGGUAUGUAUCACUUAUCUUUGGUUACCUUAUAGACUGUAGCAAUCUUAGUGUAUAGACAUUUUGCAAGUCAUAUAAACAAGUAUUGAUUUAUGUAUUUUGCCUCAAAAGUGAAAAAUUGUAUUGUGUAGUUAUGAUGAAUUAUUUUAUUGUAUCAAGCUGAAUUUUCUAAAAGUUAACCUUAUUGCCAAAAUAAAAGUAUUUAGAGGACAGUGACUAGUUGUCAAUACUUUAGCAAGCCCACUAUAGAUAAAUAUGUUCCUUUUGUAUGUGCUUGGGUGAUCAGUUUUUAUAUGGGUUGCAAAACAUAGUAUUUAUUAAAUAAAGACAUGAAUUCAGAAUUGAUUUCUUUGAGUGGUAUUUCUCUUGACUGAGCAGCUGGACAAAAUAAUCUACAAAUUUAAAUGCGAUGCAUUUGACCCAUUCUUGAGAAAUUCUCAUAAGCAAUCAGGAUUAACCCUUAGCUUAAGGUUUUUAAUAUCUGAUACAGUAGCGAGCUGCAUAGAUCUCAUGAACUUAUGAUGUGUUUUUUUUAUUCACAAAAAACAUUUAAAAACAAGAAAUGUAACAUUUAAAAAAUUGAGUAUUUUGCAUUAGUGAUUAUAAUGAUUCUUACCCCAAAAUUCUAGAAAUAAACAAAUUCUGUAUGAAUAACCAUAAAUUAUAAAUAAAUAUGCAAUAACAAUAAAUGUCUUUACAAGAAACAGUUAAAGCACUGGUCUUAAGUGAGAAUAUUUGCCUGGGAGUAGAGAUGAAGACACAAUCUGAAUAUAAAAUAUCAGUCAGUGAUUAUUUUACAUUGAACUCUUUUAUGGGGAAUAAUAGUAUAUUUUUAGUGUCACUCCAUUCAUGUUGAUUUUGAGCUGACAAUUACUUUGUGUAAGCAGAGAUUUAAUUUUAUAUUGAAAGUCAGUGCAAAAUUAUGAAUAGGAUAUACUAAUAAAUACAAAGUAAUAUAAGUCAAAGCAAUGUCCUAAAUCAAGAUUCUGGGUUCCUUAAAAAUUAUUUUAAAUUCAUCUUUGAAAUAGUUUAUUUAAUCUACUCAGGUUAUGAGAAAGUCAGUUCAGUGUGAGUAAAGUUAGUAUCAUUAUACAAAUUGUCUAUUAAUGCAAGAUAUGGUGAUAUACAGAACUUAUCAGGCAUUACCAAGUCUGGGCACCUACAGGAAAUGCAGCACUCAGGAUGAUUUCAAAUGUAGUACCUGAUGCUUCUCAGGUAGGAGAGCUUAUUCAGAUGUAGUAAAUAGUUUGUCUAAUGCUGUCUUACCUGCUGGCCUUGACUACCUGUACUUCUCCAUUAUGCAGCCCAUUCAGGCUUGAGUUUUCUUCUCUGGACACCUCAUGCUCUGAAAUCAUGAGUAAGGCUGAUUCAGUUGGUGAUUUGGGUAGAAAGCAGUGUGUUUUGCUGACAUUAAGAUGUAGGUUAUAGAUAGGUUUAGCCUUUAAGUACAUGUUUUUAUACUUUAAAAUAAGAAGUAUAACCUUUUAAGCUAUUCCACCUCCUCCCCGAGCCUACCUCAAAGUGGUGGAAUAUAUGGAGAGAUCUUGAAAUGGGUAAAAUAAACCCUGACUGCUCUACUCCAGAUGAAUCUACCCACUUCCACUGACAUAGUAGAAUUUGUAAUUUAAUACUUACAUUCUAUUUCUGAAAUCAGUUGUGAACUGUUGCCUUAUGUUUAGAGGUUCCAGAACCUCAAUGAAUUCAUUUUUAAAAAUCUGCUAUUAUGAGAAGCACUGAAUAAAUUCUUAACAAGAAGACACAUCUGUAGCUGUUUGCUGACUCAUAAGAGCUCUUAAAGGUUCUCUGCUUAGCAUUAGCAAAAUAAGGUUUAUAGGUAAAGUCAAUGUAUUAAUUUUUUUCUUAGAGGCUUUAAAAUUUGUUCUCUUUCAUAUUUUAUUUAUAUUCAAUUUAUGGUUUAUAACUGCUUUUUAGGGAGAUAAUUCUAUAUUAUUAAUUAGUUUGGGGGGAAUAAUUAUGCAAAGAGGAUAAUUUACAUGAUUUUGUUACUCAGAAUAAAGAGCGAAGACUAUUUUACAUAUUCAAGAGUUGUGCCUUACAUUGCUGAAGCAUUUUUUUCUAAAAUUUCAAAAGGAGUAUGUGUAAAUUGAGAAAUCAUACCACUGCCCUAACUUGAUAAACAUACUGUUCUUAAAUAAAGUAUGUAAUGAUUUUAAA